CUUCACGUUCCUCGGGUCUCUAUAUUACUGAGUGCUUCCGUUUCGUCAAGAUUACCCUUGGACCCUCCACUUACCACUCCUCCUUCGUUUUCCUCUUCUCUCAUUUCUAAGUUUCUGGGUUUUCUUUCUCAAACAUAAACCCUACUCAACAUAUAUAUCUUUUCUCUCAAAAUUCAAACUUUUGUUUUGGUGGUCUUCGUCAAACUUGUCUCCUUUUCCAAAAAAAACGCCUGAAUUUAAUAAUCUUCCGACAACAUUGUCCUCUUCAGCUUCUUUCCUUUUUAAAAAAAACACAAACUCUUUUUUUUUCUGUCAGUUCAAUAAAUCUCAAACCUUUGACCAUGGCCGGUACCGGAAAAUCACGACUCGUCGACGGUGACGGUUCCGUCGGAGUACAGAUCCGACAAACCCCUCGACUCCCCGACUUUCUCCAAAGCGUGAACCUCAAGUACGUAAAACUAGGUUACCAUUACCUAAUCUCAAACCUCCUAACACUCUGUCUCUUCCCUCUCGCCGUCGUUAUCUCCGUCCAAGCCUCUCAGACCAACCCCGAAGAUCUCCGCACUCUCUUUCUCCACCUCCAGUACAAUCUCGUCAUCGUCAUCACCUGCUCAACGAUCCUCGUCUUCGGGCUAACCGUCUACGUCAUGACAAGACCAAGACCCAUUUACCUAGUCGACUUCUCAUGUUACCUCCCUCCUGACCACCUCAAAGCUCCCUUCACUCGCUUCAUGGACCACUCUCGUCUCACCGGAGACUUCGAGGACUCUGCUCUCGAGUUCCAGCGCAAGAUCCUCGAACGGUCUGGUUUGGGAGAUGAGACUUACGUCCCUGAGGGUAUGCAUCACGUUCCCCCGAGGAUCUCUAUGGCUGCUGCUAGAGAAGAAGCUGAGCAAGUCAUGUUCGGUGCUUUAGAUAGUCUCUUUGUGAACACUAAUGUGAAUCCUAAGGAUAUUGGGAUCUUGGUUGUGAAUUGUAGUCUCUUUAAUCCGACGCCGUCUUUGUCUGCGAUGAUUGUGAAUAAGUAUAAGCUUAGAGGGAACAUUAGAAGCUAUAAUCUCGGUGGGAUGGGUUGCAGCGCGGGAGUUAUAGCGGUUGAUUUAGCUAAAGAUAUGUUGUUGGUACAUAGGAAGACGUAUGCGGUUGUUGUCUCCACGGAGAACAUAACUCAGAACUGGUAUUUUGGUAAUAACAAAGCGAUGUUGAUACCGAACUGUUUGUUUCGUGUUGGUGGCUCCGCGGUUUUGUUGUCUAACAAGUCUAGUGACAAGAGGAGGUCUAAGUACAUGCUUUCGCAUGUGGUGAGGACACACCGUGGAGCAGACGACAAGGCUUUCCGUUGUGUUUAUCAAGAACAGGACGAUACAGGGAGGACAGGUGUUUCUUUGUCGAAAGAUCUGAUGGCUAUUGCAGGGGAGACUCUCAAAAUAAAUAUCACCACGUUGGGUCCUCUUGUGUUGCCGAUAAGCGAGCAGAUUCUUUUCUUCACGACGCUUGUUGUGAAGAAGCUUUUCAACGGUAAGGUGAAGCCGUAUAUUCCGGAUUUUAAACUUGCUUUCGAGCAUUUUUGUAUCCAUGCUGGUGGAAGAGCUGUGAUCGAUGAGUUGGAGAAGAAUCUGCAGCUUUCGCCGGUUCAUGUUGAGGCUUCGAGGAUGACUCUGCAUAGGUUUGGGAACACGUCUUCGAGCUCGAUUUGGUAUGAGUUGGCUUAUAUUGAGGCGAAAGGGAGGAUGAGGAGAGGUAACAGAGUGUGGCAGAUUGCGUUUGGGAGUGGGUUUAAGUGUAACAGUGCGGUUUGGGAAGCUUUGAGGAAUGUGAAACCUUCUAAGAACAGUCCUUGGGAAGAUUGUAUUGAUAAGUAUCCGGUAACUUUAAGUUAUUAGGGGUUCGUUUGAGGAAUUUGGGGUUUGAUCUUUGAAAAUGUUAAUUGUUCUUGUUGUUUUUUUUUAAUUAUGUUUUGAGAGAUUUUGUGAUGUUUUGAGUUACAUUUCUUGAGCUCAUGUGUUGAGAUCUUAGUUGUGUAAUGAAGAAUUCACAAACAAACAAAAAACUGCAAAGUAAGAUGAUGGUCUUGUAACCUUAACUACCGGUGAAAACCAUGUUGGAUUGUGU